AUGAAUUUCUCUAUUUCUUGUUCCCAUGUUCUUGGAGCUAUCGUGUUGAUGUUCUUUAAUCCUGCCACCGUGUUUGGGCAGUGUACCGAUGUUCACAUCGUCUUUGCUCGUGGCAGUGGCGAAAUGCCUGGUCUUGGUAUAUGUGGAACUCCAUUUGUGAGCGGGAUCACAACCCAACUCGCUGGCAAGAGCGUCUCGUCAUAUGCAGUUGAGUAUUUGGCUUCAAUAAGCCAAACAAGUGCUGGUCCAGGUGCUACAGAUAUGACAAAGCACGUCGUGGGUGUGGCACAAGAGUGUCCGAACACUGUGUUUGUGCUUGGUGGCUACUCACAAGGUGCCAGCGUCACCGAUAUUGCCAUCGGAAUUAGCACAUCGCUUGGUGUCGGUGAAUAUAUUCCAGAGACUUUGGCUCCUCGUAUCAAGGCUAUCGUGACAUUUGGUAAUCCAUUGAAGCUCCAAGGUCAAACUAUCGAAUCAUCGAGCCAGCUAUACGGCUCAAAAGCAAUUGAAUACUGCAAUCUGGGCGAUCCGGUUUGUGGCAACGGUUUCAACACAAUUGCACACAUGACCUAUCCAACGGAUGGUAGUGUGGAUAAAGCGGCUGCACAAGCUGCGGCGUUGGUCCAGGGAGGUGGUAAUUCGUUGCGUGGAUGA